AUGUAUGUGAAAUGGUUUGAUACAGUAAUCUUUUACUAUGUUUAGUGUAUUUAGUGAAUGUCACUUUUUGACAUUUUUAAAUUUCCCGCCAGUUCCGUCCCCAUACGUCCUGACGUCGCAGGGAACGGAACCCGGAAGAUAGAUGCCGGCAUCGGCCGGAUGAUGUUGCCGGGGAUGCUGCAGGGGGGACAUUGCGGGAGCGAAGGACAAGGUAAGUGCAGAAGGGAUCCCGGAGCAAUGCUGCAGGGUAUUCCCGUGUGUAGCUCGGGGUUACCGCUUGUACUACAAUCAGGAAUACCUCCAGGGAGGCUA